CGUCACACGCGGAAGCGGCGGCUGUGCGCCGGCGGUGUCGGGCGGUGCGCGGGGCCGGCCGGGAGCGGCAGGGCCGGGGCUGCGGGCGGCGAGCAAGCGGCCGGGCCGGGCCGGGCCCCGCCAUGGCGGCCGAGGGGAAGGUGACGGGGCAGAGCCAGGAGCAGUUCCUGCUGCUGGCCAAGGCGGCCCGCGGCGCCGCGCUCGCCAGCCUGAUCCACCAGGUGCUGGAGGCCCCGGGCAUCUACGUGUUCGGGGAGCUGCUGGACAUGCCCGCCGUCCGCGAGCUGGCCGACAGCGAGUUCUCCCCCGUGUUCCGCCUCCUCACCAUCUUCGCCUACGGCACCUACGCGGACUACCUGGCUGAAGCAGCAAACCUCCCUCCCUUGACAGAGGCCCAGAAGAACAAACUGAGGCACCUGUCAGUCGUCACUCUGGCUGCCAAGAUCAAGUGCAUCCCCUACUCAGUGCUGCUGGAGCAGUUACAGCUGAAGAAUGUCCGGCAGCUGGAGGACCUGGUGAUUGAGGCUGUGUAUGCAGAUGUGCUUCGAGGGAGCUUGGAUCAACGGAACCAGCGCCUGGAGGUGGAUUACAGCAUUGGGAGGGACAUCCGGAGGGAGGAGCUUAGCACCAUCACCCGCACAUUGCAGGAGUGGUGCCAGGGCUGUGAGGUUGUCCUGUCGGGCAUCGAGGAGCAGGUCAGCCGGGCCAACCAGCACAAAGAGCAACAGCUGGCCCUGAAGCAGCAGAUCGAGAGCGAGGUGGCAAACCUGAAGAAGACUAUUAAAGUGACAACAGCAGCUGCUGCAGCAGCCACAUCCCAAGACCCAGAGCAGCACCUCACGGAGCUCAGGGAGCCAGCCCCUGGCACCAACCAGCGCCAGGCGAGCAAGAAAACCUCCAAAGCCAAAGGGCUCCGGGGCAGCGCGAAGAUUUGGUCUAAAUCAAACUAGUUGGAUCUCCCUUCACAACUGGGAGGGCAGUGUCUCCCUCCUUUUCAUCACAGCAUUUCACACUCUGAGCUUCAGGUUGUAUGCAUUGCUGUUUCCCCAGCCGCUCAAGCCCCCCGUCGCCACGGCCACGUCUUUCUUUCUCUCUCUCUCUCCCUGUCUUUUGACAGGUCAAUUUUAGGAGCCAUAAAGGUGUGACAGUCACCUUGGCACCCCCAGGGCAUCACAGAAUCUUGGAAAGAGGGUGCUGGUGCUCAGCAGUCGUUUUGGCUCUAUGAGACCCCUGGGAUACUUUGCUCCAGGACACCGUCUUUGAUUGUUUAAUCUUUGUUUUGCUAGGUGGGAGGGUAGUUUUUGAAGGGGUUCUUUUAAAAAAUAUAUAAAUAUAUUAUAAAUAUAUAUGAAACAAUAAAAAUAUAGAUCUAUGGACAUAUCUAUACAAACCUGUGCUCCUGUGGAUGGUGUCUCUUUGCCUUGUAUGCUGAUUCUGGAGGUUCCGAAAUAAGCUGUGAUAUUAAGAGCUUCUGUCCCAUUUUAGGGUGAAAUAUCCUCAAAAUACUAGGUUCCCUUUUCAAAGGUAGUGCCACAGUAUCUCUAUUGGGAUGAUAGUCCAUCAAACGGAAAUUAAUCAUGAAUCUUAUUUAAAUUG